AUGGCUGUCGGGUUUAAAGAUGGCCAAGACAAGUAUGGAAAGAGGUGGAAGCAUAUCGAGGGAGAAUGCAAAGCCCAGGACAUAGCUGACCGGCAACUGAAGGAGAAGGCAGAAGAGUUGCGUACAUGGUACAACAGUCGAUCCCGCGAACUCAGGAGCCAGGAGGAGAAGAUGGCUGCUACCGAAGAGAAGGCCAGAGCUCAUGACGGCAAGAUGACGGAGCGCGAGGGGCAGCUCAACGCCAAAGCCAAGGAUCUUGCAGCACAAGAACAAGCUAUGGUUGCCACUCUCCGUAGCAAAGAUGAGGGAAUUGAGGAGCUUGUGAGGCAGCAGACCCAGAAGCUGGAGGAUGAUCACCAGAAGGCCUUGGAGGCACAAGCUUCAGAGCACGCCGUUGAGCUCAAAGAGGCCGUUGACGAGGCUGCAGUCGCUACCAUCGCCAAGGCAGAAACAGAAGCCUAG